CGAGAGAGGGAAACCGAAAUUGCCGAGGGGGUGAGGGCAGGACUGACCCCCGGCAGCCCGGAGUGACCAGCAAAGGCCAGCAAAGGCCAGCAAAGGCCAGCAAAGGCCAUCCCGGGCUCUGUAGAGUCACAAUUGCCCCCUCAUGUUCUGUUCCUCUGCCUGGCCCAGGAAAUCCGGGGUGUGGUGACACCGGGUGGCAGCGAUGGUGGCAGCGAUGGCAGCUCUGGGGCGCAUCCUCGGCAUCCUCAUGGGGACCCUGCUGGCCGGUCUGCCUCACACCAGAGCCUUCAGCGUCCACCCAGCCCCACACCGGGUGCUGACCCCUGGCCGGAGCCGCAGCUUCGGCCACCAAGUGCUGCUGCUGGAUGGGGCGCGGGUGCUGGUGGGGGCCCCGGCCGAGGGGGGGGAUGGGGGGCGGCUGUUCCAGUGUGCGGUGCCGAGCGGAGAGUGCCGGGAACUGGAACUGCAAGGGAACAGCUCCCAGACCCACAUGGGAAUGGCCCUGGCCCGGGAUGGCGACGGUGCAAUCGCCUGCGGCCCCGGCUCCACUCACGUGUGUGACCGCACCAUCCACACCAGCGGGGUCUGCGUCCUGCUGGACACUGCGCUGACCCCAUGGCGGGAGCUGAGCCCUGGAUGGCAAGGGUGCCAGCGGGGCCCGGUGGACCUGGUGUUCCUGUUCGAUGGCUCGAGCAGCAUGAACCCCAGUCAGUUUGGGGCCAUCUGCGACUUCAUGGUGGACACGAUGGAGAAACUGGACAAUGGCUCCUUCCGGUUCGGGGCUGUGCAGUUCUCGGACCGUGUCCAGACAGUUUUCUCUCUGGCCGAUUUCGCGGCGCGGCCGCGGCCCCGGGAGCUACUGCGGGGACUGGAGCAGAGCGGGGGCCUGACGGACACGUUCACAGCCAUCGGCUACGCGGUGCGGACGCUGUUCUCAGCCGAGCGGGGGGCACGGCCGGAGGCGCGGCGGGUGCUGGUGCUGAUCACGGAUGGCGACGCCACCGACAGCGACACCGACGGCAGCAUCCAAGCAGCUGAGGAGCGUGGCGUGCACCGCUACGUCAUUGGGGUCGGUCACAAUUUCGGCAGCGCGGACACUCGCCUAUACCUGCAGCAGUUUGCCUCCGGGCCCGGCUCUGUACAGCUCCUCGAGAGCUUCGAGCGCCUCCGCGGCCUCUUCCGGGAGCUGCAGGCGCGGCUCUACGACAUCGAGGGCACCACCCAGCUGCACAGCUUCCACCUGGAGAUGAGCUCCAGCGGCAUAAGCAUUGACGUCAUUGAGGGCCGGCGCGUGACCGGGGCUGUGGGUGCCGAUAAUUGGGCAGGGGGGCUGCUGGACAUGGGGGACCCCGAGAGCUUUGUGCCCAACCCCCACCGGAACAAGAGCGAGGGCUACCUGGGCUACUCGGUGGCUGGACUGCGCGUGCCAGGCCGGCUGCUGGUGGCCGCAGGCGCCCCACGCCACCGUCACGUGGGGGGGACAGUCCUGUUCGAGGUGGCCAGAGACGGCGGGGCCUGGCGGGAGCUGCAGACCCUGCUGGGUGACCAGGUCGGUUCCUAUUUCGGGGCCACCCUGUGUGCGCUGGACCAGGCCGGAGUGACCGUGGCUUUGCUGGUGGGAGCGCCCGGUCACUACGAUGGACGGAGGGGAGGACGCGUCCACCUAUACAGCUGGGACGGGGACACUCUGCGUCCCUCUGGACACCUUUGGGGCACCCCCGGUCACCCCUUGGGCCGUUUUGGGGCCUCUCUGGCCACUCUGGGUGACCUGGACAAUGACCAGCUGCCCGAAGUGGCCGUAGGGGCACCCCUGGAGGACGAAGAGCGUGGGGCAGUGUACAUCUACGGGGGAUGUCCAGGGGGCGUGGAGCCUCUCCCCCGCCAGAGGUUGCYGGGCCAGACGGUGGCCCCUGGGCGAUUCUUUGGCCUGGCGGUGGCCGGAGGGCUGGACCUGACCGGGGACGGACUGGCCGACGUGGCUGUGGGCAUGGAAGGACACGUGGUGGUCAUGAGGUCCCGUCCGGUGCUCAGGGUCACUCCCCAGCUGACCUUUGACCCUGUGGUCAUCCCAAGCCGCUGGCUGGACUGUUCUGGAGUGACCGAGGGUGUGGUCACUGUCCAGCUCUGCCUGCAGCCACCAGGUGGCCGAGUGACCACAGUGAGGUUCCAGGUGGACGCUGACCCCCAGAGAGCCCAAGGCCGCGGUCAUUUCGGGGAGGGGGAGGGGCAGCGCAGCUGGACAGGGGAGAUGGGGCCGGAGCAGAGCUGCCAGCAGGGGGCGCUGAGAGUGCGGCCCUGCAUCGAGGAUUUGGUGACCCCGCUCGGCCUCAGCAUCACCCUCACCCUGCCCCAUAGCGACCCCCCGGGGCCCAUCCUAGCCCCCAACAGCACCCCCACGUGGGCCGAGAUCCCCGUGGAGCAGAACUGUGGGGCAGACCAGGUGUGCAGAGCCAACUUGAGCGUCAAGGUGGUGAAGGGGGGCACCGCCGUCGUGGGGGUCCCUGGAGCACACUUGGGGGUCCAGCUGAUGGUGCAAAACUAUGGGGAGGAUGCCUAUGGGGCAGCCCUACAAAUGCAGCUCCCUAUGGGGCUGGCCUUCCGGCGGGCCCAAGCAAGCCAGGACUUGGCCCCGGUGCCUGUGAGCUGUCGCGACUCACAGGGCGCUGUGGGGCAGCCGUGGGGCCUGAGCUGUGAGCUGAGCCGGCCUGUGCUGCGCUCCGGAGGGCAGGUGCUGGUGGAGGUGACCUUCGAGCUGCAGCAGAACACUUCAUGGGGACGAUCCGUGGGGCUGGCAGCGACUGUGAGCAGCAAUAACGAGCCUAACGCCACCCUCGAGGAUAAGGCGGUCUCCUGGGACGUCCCCGUCCACUUCGCCCUGGACCUCGUGGCUUCCUGGCAGGAAGACUCCACCCACCAUCUGAACUUCACCCCACCCCAGCCCCACAACAAGACGGUGUGGCACCGCUAUAGGGUGGAGCUCCUCCGGCCGCCCCCCCUGGGCAGCCCCACGGUGCAGGUGACUCCCUUUGUGCUGCUGCCUCAUGCGCUGCCCCACGGCGUGGCUGUGGCUGCCCCCCAAGUGCGAGUGGAUCCGGGCGGCCUCUGCGAGCCCAUGGACCCACACUUGGGAGGCGCUGUGGGUCAGGAGCUGACCACGAGCCUGGCCAAGCGUUGCUCCACCCCCCAAGUGCAGCUGUUCCGCUGCCCGCCGGCCCCACUGAGCCCGUCCAGCCCCACAGCGGUCACUGCCAGCGCUGCCCUGCAGCCGCUGCCCCACAGCCAGGGACCCGCCUAUGCCCAGUUUUGCUCCGCCCUUUGGUUGACGCUGCCCCGCCCUCUGCUGGAGGCCACACCUCCUCUGCUGAGGGCGCAGGGUUCCACGCGUGUGGAGCUGCUGUGGGAGCCCAACCCCCUCCCCAUUGCGCUGGGGGGAGGGGUGGGGGGACUGCUGCUCCUCCUCCUGAUCGCCAUGGGGCUGGCCAAGUGCGGAUUCUUCAGGAGGAACUUACGGGAGAAGAUGGAGCAGGGGGGGGAACCAAAUGAGCGGGAGGGGCCAGAUGAGGGGGAGGGGCCAGAAGAUGAGGGGGAGGGGCUGGAGAGCCCCCCUGGAACCCCCAGAGGAGACCCUGCCCCCUCCUGACCAUGCCCCCCCAACCCCUCCCACUCUCCCACCCUCUGAAGUGCUCCCAGGCCCCUCCCCCACCCCAAUAAACACCAAUGGUCACUGA